UUUUUAAGAAUUCAUUAAGAAUAUAUUCUAAUAAAAUGGAUUCAGAAGAAGAAUUGGGAGCAUCACCUCCCGAAACAACAACCGACAACCCUCCACUCAGGUAUCGAGAUUUAAUAGCGUUUUGGAUAUUAGGUUUAUGUAAUAAUUUUGGAUAUGUAGUUAUGUUAAGUGCAGCGCAUGAUAUUCUAGAAUCUGAAGAAGACACACCUGUUCAAGUUUUUUCAAAUGAAAGAGAAUGUAAUGAAAUAUCCACAGGAGCAAUUCUAUUAGCCGAUGUAAUACCCAGUCUUAUUAUUAAAGUUAUAAGUCCGUUUCUACCACAACACACAACUGGUCGAGUAAUUGCAUGUAUAAUACUAUCUGCUGCUGGAUACAUAAUUGUGGCAUUUGCAGAAACUGAAUUUAUAUCAAUAUUGGGUGUAAUUAUAACAUCCUUUGCAUGUGGACUUGGUGAAUCUAGUUUCCUGGCUUAUAGUUCCUAUUAUAAUCGAAAUGUAAUAUCAACAUGGUCUUCAGGAACUGGAGGAGCUGGAGUAUUUGGAUCAAUUUCUUACGCAUUACUUACCCAAAUUGGCCUUGAUGCUCGAACAACUUUGUUACUGAUGUUAUCCAUACCAAUGUUGAUGAGUGUUUCUUAUUGGGUGAUUUUAUCAAAACCAAAUAAAAAAGUUAUUAAAAAGGAACCAGUGCCAAUUCAGCAUCAAGAAACCAACGAAAAACAAGCAGUCCAGUGUAAUGAGAAACUUAAAACUAUACUUCAUAACAUACGAGAAAAAGCAGCAAAAAUUCCACCAUUAUUUGUAUAUAUGUUUCCUUUAGGGCUUGUUUACUUCUUUGAAUAUUUCAUCAAUCAAGGCUUGUUUGAACUUGUUGAUUUUGAAAAUAUUUGGUUGAACCGUAAACAACAAUACCGAUGGUUAAAUGUGACCUACCAAAUUGGAGUUUUCAUUUCCCGAUCUUCCGUUAAUAUUUGCUUAGUUAAAAAUAUUUGGAUAUUGGCGAUUUUACAAGGCAUCAACAGCAUCCUAUUUACUGCUGAAACUAUGUUUUACAUAAGCCCAAGUAUAUGGAUUGUACUAUUAUUUACAAUAUGGGAGGGCUUAUUGGGAGGUGGUGCUUAUGUCAAUACAUUUUACAAAAUAUCUCACGAGGUACCUGAUGAAGAAAGAGAAUUUGCCUUGGGUGCAGUAAGUAUGUCUGAUUCAUUUGGAAUCACGUUAGCUGGCUUUUUAGCAAUACCAAUUCACAAUGCAAUUUGUCGUCUUCCAUUGCCAAGCAGACAAUUGGCUGACAUAUUUUGAUGUUUAGACCAAAUUAUUUAGAUACAUUUUAGGUAGAUUUUUAACGAACGACUAAAUUAGAGGUUUUCGCGAAGAUUUAGACGGUAAAGAACUGAAAAUCUUCUUAUAGUCAUUUAAGUUAUUUAAUCUGGAUACAGCGAUGACUUAUCAACGAUAAAACUGAAAUAUAUAGGAUUGCCAACCCUCUAUUAUUGGUCUGGAGAUUUCAAAAAAUUAAGGUUUCUUCAGACACCAGCCUAUGAAAAAUAA